AUGGCUCCACCGUCGCGUGCAUUCGCCGACGCGGCUGCCGCUGCUCUUCGGGCUCUCCAGUGCUCCGGACCGGGAGCUGUUGAUGUCGCCACCGACACUUCGGGUCGUCGUCCGGCACGCCAGGCUCGUUCGGCGGGUGCCCCCGCCCCUAUCGCCGCUGGUGCUGUGCCCCCAGCCCCGGCCGCGCCUGCAGGUGACCCUACGCUCAUUCCUGCCGCCUCCGGGACCUCGGUCGACCCUCCCCCGACUCCUUCAAGUAGUCCUGAGUCUGCUGCUGGGGCGAUCGAGACUCCCUCGCCGGCAGUUCCCAGUGAAGAGACUCCCGACUCGCCGCCGACACCGCCGCCAAGCGUCAUUGCGAAGGAUGUUUAA